GCCAGAGGUCUCUUUUUUAUUGUUGAAAAUCGCCAGAACUCGUAAGUAAACGACUUUUGGAUGCAAAUUUCUCCUUUAACCCUAAUCUAAAUUUGGUAAUAGGGAAGGUAUUUUCUUCCCACGUGUGGAGUGAUCAUUGAAUUUCUAGAGAAAAUUUUUGUUAAGGAAAAUACAUGGCAGACUCCAAUACUGGAGGCAGCGAAGAAAAUGAAAACUGGAAAUUCUUCCUUGCAGAUUUAGAUCCAACUGAUUUUAGUGUGGAUGAAUAUCUCGAGAAUCAUCCUCCGGAUCAAGAGACAACAGACCCUGAGCAAAGUCUACAUCAAGGAUUUGAUCCACCUGCAGGCCCAAAUGGAUGUUUACCAGAACCGUCGAUAUAUCAAGGGCCCAAUCAGGCGGCCGCAUCAACACAGCGGUCGAUCGCACAACAACAUUCAGGUCAAUUGCCGGAAAUAUGCACUGGGAAUCCUUCUCAAAUACCAGAGUCUCUUCGCAAAAAAAGAGAGUACGAUAGAAAAUACAGAGAGAAACAAAAGAAACAGAAGCAGGAACUUGUGGAAGGGAAUGAAAGAUUGGAGCGUGAGAAGCAUGAAUUUGAAGAGCAAAUGAAGUCCAAACUGGAUGCAUUUGAGGCUGAAAAUAGGAGAUUGAAGCGUGAGAAGCUUGAGAAGCGUGAAUUUGAAGAGCAAAUGAAGUCCAUUUUGGAGACUGGGUUUAAACAUGUAGGGGAUGAAGUCAACUCUCUUAGAAGAGACAAUGCGACAGAACUGGCAAAGCUUGGAAAUAAAGUUGAUACAUUGUUGGAGCUAAAGCAACAAAAUCAGACAACAAUAAGGAAGCGCAGGAUGUUCCCAACCGAAGAGUUUUGGACACAGUCUCAAGAGGAAGAUUCUUUUAAUUCAGCAAAAAAAUUUCGCAUCCGUCGCCGAUCACAAAUGCCUACCUACAAAAGAAAAGCAUCUUCAGUUAAGCGGGAGAGAAAGUCUGCAAUGAAAAAUCUGAAGGCUGGCUUCCAAAGGCUGAAAGCAGAGAUGCAAGAGAUCAGUAAGGAACAACAAAGCAUUAAGGAAGCACAAAAACAAGUGAGAAAAAAAUUUGAAGACAUUGAAGCUGAAUGUGCACAACUCAGGAAGGAGACGGACCUCAUGAUCAGGCAGAGUGCUGCGACUCGGCUUACGCUUGCUCUCAUGUUCAGAAUCCUUAGGGCCCGGGAAGAUGGCAAUUUGCUUGAGGCCACCCGGCUUACUCAAUUGUUGCGCACAAUAUUGAGCAGGCAGAAUGAGCAAUGGAAGGGAUCUAUAUGAUGGACAAAUACGGAACAAAGGUAGGGAUCUAUACGAUGGACAAGGAAUAAUUGUCAACAGGAUUAAGCUAGUUGUUAUUAUGUUCUAUCUAGUGAAACCAGGUGCUGUGCUGUUCUGUUCUGGUUAUCGUUAAAACUCUGUGUUUUUCAUUUUAGGUUUUAUUGUGUUGAAUUGCAGACUUAAUAUAUGUUGAACUUCAUUUAUGGUUGUCAUGGUAGAAUGAUUUACUGUUUUAAUCGCCAAGGAGAGCUAUCUUUCCAGUACAGAAUGUAUGAUACAGUCUACCUACUUAAAAUGUAACUUAAUUACGUCUCACUGGAAUGAACUUCUCUCGAGCAA